CCUGGGCAGCCAUGGUGGGCCCGGUGGCUGGGCAGGCCCGUUGGCAGGCCUGCCUGUGGCGGGCCCUGAGGGCCGCCGAGAAGCGGCUCCCCCGGUGCCCACCCCCGGGACGCCCUCCUGCGUGGCCGAGGCCGGGCCCCUGGGCAGCCUGGAGGCCGGGCCCGGUGUGCCCGGGGCUGCGGGUCCUGCUGGUCCCCCACAGAGCCGCCAGGCCCCAGGCCCGGGCCCCCCAAGGGCCGCUGCCCGGCCCCGCCAAGCCCCUCACCCCCGCCCAGCAAGUGAAAGAAGCUGGAAGGGAUUUUACGUAUUUGAUAGUGGUGCUCGUUGGAAUCAGCGUCACAGGUGGCUUGUUCUAUGUGAUUUUCAAAGAACUUUUCUCUUCAUCCAGUCCUAGUAAGAUUUAUGGCGAUGCCCUAGAAAAAUGCAGAGCUCAUCCAGAGGUAAUAGGUGUUUUUGGUGAGCCCAUUAAAGGUUAUGGAGAGACAACAAGACGGGGUAGAAGACAACAUGUCAGUCACGUGGAAUAUGUAAAAGACGGCACAAAGCGCAUGCGGCUGAAAUUCUACAUUGAGGGGUCAGAACCAGGGAAGCAAGGAACAGUGCACCUUGAAAUGAAAGAGAACCUUGAAAGCGGCAGAUACGAAUAUCGCUAUAUCUUUGUGGAUGUCGAUGCCUAUCCUAGAAGAACCAUCAUUAUUGAAGACAACCGAUAACAAGGUCAUUAGCAAACCCAACUGGCCUGAUACUUUGGAGUGAGGGUUGGUGGAUACAGAAUCACAGUACAACUUCUCUGCUCAUAUCAGCUCUCUCUGGAAAUCAAUUGAGUAGGAAAGAAAAAUGUCUGCAUCACAAUCAGGAGUGUUCUAAUGGGAUGUUGUACCACACUGAAAGAAAUAGGAUUUGGAGCAAAAAGCCUUAAAAAAAGAACCUCCGCUUAUCACAGUGGAUUUUUAGUCAUGAACAGUAUUUCUGGUGCCUUUAACUAGAUCUUCCAAAAUGUAAGGGUUUGAUUUUUUUUUAAGCGUAGUCACAGAAAUAAAGAAAAUGAAUUGUAAAAGCUCA